AUGAUGGGAAUUUUUAAGUGCAGAUAUGAAAAUCAUGAAAACGAAGAAAUAAUAGGAUUUUGUUUAAAUCAGAAUUGUAAUAAACAAACUUAAUAUUGCUAUUAAUGUUUGAUCUCGAAUCAUUUAGAUCAUUAAAAUGAUUGUAUUCGACUUUCUGACAUGAGCUAAUUUAUCAAUUAAUACAUAGAAGUUUAAAAAGAAUCUAAUAGAUAACUUAAAGAAAUUAUUACUUAACUUAAGAAUUGUUUUGAUUAGGUUGAUAAAUAGUUGUAUCAAGAAAUUGAAACAUUAAAGCAAAUGAAUCAGAGACUUUAGAAAUAAUAGUAUUUAGAUUUUAAGUCAGAAAUUUAGAUAAUCAAGCGAUACAAUAAUAGAAUUGAAUAUAAUUCUUAAUACAAUAAAAAAUAUUGUACCAGUUUCAACAAAUAUCAAUAAUCGAGUGGCUAUUCCAAAAAAUACUAAUAUUAAAAUUCAAGAAAUCAGUGGAGAGAGUCAAGAAAGUUAAGAAUAAAUCAAUCAAUAAAUAUCAGAAGCUAAAGAGUUAUUUGAUAAAGGUAUAAUAUACAUUAUACAACUAAAUAGGCAAAGAACUAUUUAAAAAUAAUAAAUUUGAAGAUGCAUUGAAUUUAUUUAAUAUAGCAAUUAUAUUAUUUGAUUAAGAUGACAACAUUUAUUUUUGGAAAGGUAAUAUUUUAGGAUUUAUAAUUAGGAUUGGCAUUAAAAAAAUUAAAUAAAUAUUAUGAAGCUAUUUAGUGUUACGACAAAGCUAUAUCUAUCAAUCCUAAUAAAUCUGAUGCUUGGAACAAUAAGGGUAUCACAUUUAAACUACCUAUCUUUAGGUAUCGCUUUACUUGUUUUCUUUGGUUUCUAAGUAAUUUCAAUUAAUAUAAUGAUGCAAUAAAGUGUUACGAAAAAGCUAUUUCUAUAAAUCCUAAUCAUUCUCAUGCUUGGAACAAUAAGGGUAAUAAUAUUUGAAUAUUUUUCUUUAGGUUUUGCAUUAAUUGGUGUCAGAAAUUAUGAAGGAGGUAUUGAGUGUUUCGAAAAAGCCAUUUCCAUAAAUCCUAAACAUUAUAAUGCGUGGAACAACAAGGGUAUUGAUAAAUUGAAUAUAUUGUAUUAAGGUUCCGCAUUAGAUAAGUUAAACAAAUACUCAGAAGCUAUUGUAUGUUACAAUCAAGCAAUUUAUAUAAAUCCGACUAAUCAUGAGGCAUUUGUAAAUAAAGCUUUUGCUCUACAUUAAUUAAAGGAAUAUUAGAAAGCAGUAGAGUGUUAUAAUUAAGCUCUUAAAAUUACAUGUUCUCCUUUAAUAUUAUAACGUUAAGGUAACAAUCACCAAUAAGAUUAGCUGAUUCACUAUUCGAAUUAGGAAAUAAAUCUAACGCUAAAGAGACUUAUUUGGCUGCUUUACAAUAAGGCUCACCAGAAUAAGAAUAUAUUUGGAAAUAAUUACAAAAAUUAUGAAUAUUCAUUAAUAUAAUAUCAGCAUUAAAAUUACGUUUCGAUAAAAUUAGUUAAUUAAAUUAUUUUAUAGCNAUCUAAUAGAUAACUUAAAGAAAUUAUUACUUAACUUAAGAAUUGUUUUGAUUAGGUUGAUAAAUAGUUGUAUCAAGAAAUUGAAACAUUAAAGCAAAUGAAUCAGAGACUUUAGAAAUAAUAGUAUUUAGAUUUUAAGUCAGAAAUUUAGAUAAUCAAGCGAUACAAUAAUAGAAUUGAAUAUAAUUCUUAAUACAAUAAAAAAUAUUGUACCAGUUUCAACAAAUAUCAAUAAUCGAGUGGCUAUUCCAAAAAAUACUAAUAUUAAAAUUCAAGAAAUCAGUGGAGAGAGUCAAGAAAGUUAAGAAUAAAUCAAUCAAUAAAUAUCAGAAGCUAAAGAGUUAUUUGAUAAAGGUAUAAUAUACAUUAUACAACUAAAUAGGCAAAGAACUAUUUAAAAAUAAUAAAUUUGAAGAUGCAUUGAAUUUAUUUAAUAUAGCAAUUAUAUUAUUUGAUUAAGAUGACAACAUUUAUUUUUGGAAAGGUAAUAUUUUAGGAUUUAUAAUUAGGAUUGGCAUUAAAAAAAUUAAAUAAAUAUUAUGAAGCUAUUUAGUGUUACGACAAAGCUAUAUCUAUCAAUCCUAAUAAAUCUGAUGCUUGGAACAAUAAGGGUAUCACAUUUAAACUACCUAUCUUUAGGUAUCGCUUUACUUGUUUUCUUUGGUUUCUAAGUAAUUUCAAUUAAUAUAAUGAUGCAAUAAAGUGUUACGAAAAAGCUAUUUCUAUAAAUCCUAAUCAUUCUCAUGCUUGGAACAAUAAGGGUAAUAAUAUUUGAAUAUUUUUCUUUAGGUUUUGCAUUAAUUGGUGUCAGAAAUUAUGAAGGAGGUAUUGAGUGUUUCGAAAAAGCCAUUUCCAUAAAUCCUAAACAUUAUAAUGCGUGGAACAACAAGGGUAUUGAUAAAUUGAAUAUAUUGUAUUAAGGUUCCGCAUUAGAUAAGUUAAACAAAUACUCAGAAGCUAUUGUAUGUUACAAUCAAGCAAUUUAUAUAAAUCCGACUAAUCAUGAGGCAUUUGUAAAUAAAGCUUUUGCUCUACAUUAAUUAAAGGAAUAUUAGAAAGCAGUAGAGUGUUAUAAUUAAGCUCUUAAAAUUACAUGUUCUCCUUUAAUAUUAUAACGUUAAGGUAACAAUCACCAAUAAGAUUAGCUGAUUCACUAUUCGAAUUAGGAAAUAAAUCUAACGCUAAAGAGACUUAUUUGGCUGCUUUACAAUAAGGCUCACCAGAAUAAGAAUAUAUUUGGAAAUAAUUACAAAAAUUAUGA